AUGGAUCCUCUGCAACGGGAGGCGCUCAACAAUGGCGAGGAGGGGGCGGCGGAGGCAAAGAGGCCCUCCUACUUCCGAGGCUUCUUUGACGCAGAGAAGCGCCGCAAGGUGGUCAACCAUGACCCGACCGUAGGUCAGGCCAUUGGCAGUGCUGCUGUAAUGGCACUCCCGGUGGCGCUCAUAAUUGCAUUAGUGAUGCAUCGACGCGCGCGCCUUGCCACUCAGGCGGCGUCAGGCGCCACGCCGAAGGAUGGGAGCUUCUUCAGCGAGAUGCAGAAGGUGAUGCGGCAGACCAUGAACCCAAUGGGUGAGAAGGACUUCAAAGUGUCAGUGAAGGACACUAAGUUUAGCGACGUCAUCGGCGUGCCAGAGGCACUGGCGGAGGUCCAGCAGUACGUCAACUUCCUAAAGACCCCGCACGUCUUCACCCGGCUUGGCGGGCGCCUGCCGAAGGGUUGUAUUCUCACAGGGGUGCCUGGUACCGGCAAGACGCUGCUCGCGAAAGCGGUGGCUGGUGAGGCGAACGUUCCCUUCUACAGCUGCAGCGGCGCUGACUUCAUCGAGGUGUACGCCGGCUCUGGACCAAGGCGGGUACGUGAACUCUUCGAGGCGGCCAAGAAAGACGCCCCAUCGGUCAUCUUCAUUGACGAGAUCGACGCCGUCGGUUCGCGCAGCAGCGGGAGCGGUGCGAUGGGUCUCAGUAGCGAGGAGAAUCGUACUAUCAAUCAGCUUCUGUCCGAGUUGGACGGACUGCAGUUGAAUGAGGCGGUCGUUGUGUUCGCGGCUACGAACUUUGUGGACAGCAUAGACAAGGCGCUGUUGCGCGAGGGCCGCUUUGACCGCAAGGUCGAGCUCCCGAUGCCGGACAAGCAGGCUCGCCAGGACCUCUUCAACCACUACCUUAGCCGUGUCACCUGUGAAGAUGCCAUGACGCUCUCGAAGAAGCUGGCGGAGUUAACUCCUGGCGUGUCUCCAGCUACCAUCGCAGCCAUCGUCAACGAGGGUGCUCUCAGCGCCGCCAUCAAAGACAGAGCCGCCGUCACCGCCAUAGACCUCCUCCCCGCGAUUGACGAUGUACUCAUCGGCAAGAAGCACCGCAACCGCAUGAGCGAUGAUGCUGCGAGAAGGGUCGCACUGCAUGAAAGCGGCCACGCACUUGUGGCGUGGCUGCUGCCGGAGCAGACAGACGUCGUCAAGAUCUCCAUCACGCCGCGCGGCCCCGCCGGAGGCUUCACCCAGCAGGUUGGCCGCGAGGUGUUGGACAUGCCGACUGAGUUUUCGCUCUUCACGGACAUUUGCGUCAUGUUGGGUGGGCGGCUGGCGGAGAUGACGCAGCACGAGUCCCUCACCACUGGUGCACAGGACGACUACCAGCGGGCGACCCAGACGGCCAUUCGUGAGUUCCUCGCGUUUGGCAUGUCUCGCCAGGUCGGCCUCCUCUCGUACGAGCCGCAGCGACUCAGUGAGGGCCGUAUGCACCAAAAACACUCAGAGGCGGCGCAUAAGACGGCGGAGGAGGAGGCGGCCCGGCUGGUCGCUGCGGCGUCUGAUCACGUGAAGGCGCUCUUGCAGUCACACGAUGCAGUACUGCGAAAACUGGCGGAUUCGCUCUUCGAGAAGAAGGAGCUGCUGCGUGAGGACAUCGAGGCAAUUGUGGGACCGCGCCCCGGAACGAGCUCCGCUGUUUCGAAGCAGACGCGUGCGGCGCUUCGCCGCUUCGUCGACGCGUCUGAAGCCGCAGCGCUGCAACGCCAUACCACGAGAGAGGCGAUGUCUGCCAUCGUUUCUGCUGCGUAG